AUGACACAUUUCCGUGGUCAGAUCAGGGGUCCUCACUGGGGUCCAACCAUGGACAACAUGCUCAUUGACUUCUGGAGGAAACACGAAUGUCUCUUUAAUUCCUCUCUGGAGACUUACUACGACAAACACCUGAAGACUAAGCUGUGGACAGAGUUUGCUGUGUCCAUUGGGAAGCCAGUAGCUGAUGUUGAGAGAAGAUCCAGAUCGCUCCGCACUCAGUAUGGGAGGCUGUUGUGGCAUCCAGAGAGGGUCAACACCUUCCAACAAAGGAUGCUGAGGGAGAAACUGGAUUUUCUGAGGCCUUACAUCGUCCGUAGACGAGGUGAUUUGUACUUGGAGGACAAGUUUGACGAUCAGGAGGACGAGGAGGAGGAGGAGCUGGAGACUGAAGGAAGUGUCGACCAGGAGAUGGGAAGCACAUUCAGCAGCCCGUUGGACGCUGACGCUGGCGGACGAGACCCGAACGAGGAGCUUCAAUUAGUAACCUCCUCCCCAUCGAACCCCGCUCCCCAGCACUGUCCGAACUCACAGCCUCAAGUCACAGAAGUUGUGUCUUUGAGCUGCGACCGCCACAAUCACGACGAAGGUUCUCCGCUCGAUCAGCCCGAUCACACGGCUGCUCCAAACCCGACAUCCAAAUACGACAUAUUACAGCAGUUUGCAGAGGUAAUGUUGGUGGAUAUGCGUCAGAUUAAAGAUCCUAUCGUGCUCAUGAGACUCCGCCGAGAUAUCACUGACCUGGUGUUCAAAGCGGUGGAGGAAGACGUGCAGAGAAGAUGCGUUCGAGUGCCGUUCAUCCCCUCAAUUAGAGAAGGCGCUCUUUUCCAAAGCUCCUCCAGGCUCCAGCAGCAGCAGCAGCCGCCAUACUCACCGUCGAACUCUUCCUGGAGGCAAAGAUAUAUGAGGAGGAAGAGCAAAGGGUCGGAGAUGGGAAGGAGGAUGCAGAGAUGGGAAGAGGUGAAGCACAUGAGGAAGACGUCCAGGAGUCAGAUAAUGCUGCUGCAGCCCGUCCAGCAAGGCGAAGCGCUGGAGGGAGUGAACGAAAGCAUCGCUCAGGCUAUGAUUCAAGCUUCUGAGAUCAAAACUGAGACAGAGCCACAUGCGGUGAAGAUUGAGGAGGAGACGCCUCCGAUGGUUUGACAUUUCAAAUAGAAAUCCUCCUGAUUACAGUCGAUUCAGUGAGUAG